CUGUCCCUCUAACUGGUCCAGAAGGUUAGAAAGAGAGUGUAGUCAGAGACUCGAAAUCAAAAUCGGGAAUCAGAAAACAAAAAAAAAUGAGCGGAGUAUCAUCGGCGGCGUAUUUCGCGCGGCGAGUGGCGCAGAAGGAGAGGGUUCGAAUCCUCUACCGACGCGCUCUCAAGGAUACUCUCAAUUGGGCUGUCCAUCGCCACAUCUUCUACCGAGACGCUUCUGAUCUGCGCGAGAAGUUCAAUGCUAAUCAAGACGUGGAGGAUGUUGACAGAAUCGACAAACUGAUUGCUCAUGGUGAAGCAGAGUACGACAAGUGGCGCCACCCUGAUCCUUAUAUCGUUCCAUGGGCACCUGGUGGCUCAAAGUUCUGUAGAAACCCCACUCCUCCUGCUGGGAUUGAGAUUGUGUACAACUACGGUCAAGAAGACAACCCUUAAUCCUUGGUUUCCAUAUUUUUUCAUACCCAUCAAUAAAAUUGAAGCAUCCCGGGGUGGCUUAUGUUUCAGAAGAUUUAUUUAUUGAAGACUUUCAAGGUUGACCAAUUGUAGUUUUCAAAGGUGUUUCGUUCCAGUAAGACACUCUUGUUUCCAACUUGGUUUAUAUUACCAUGUGUAUCAUGGAUGUUCCGACCAUGAAAAACUUUGUUUUUA